CCCUGUUACGUCCUCCCUCGCGACAGUUGCUCGCUCCCUGCCUCUCUCCUUGCAAGAGGGAGAUUGUGAUAGCUUUGCCCAUAGCCGUCGGGGCCAAACCAUAGCCUUAUCCGUGGCCGUUGAUCCAAGGGCCUAGCAUGGAUGGGUGCACCUGAUGGACAGAUUGGAUGCAAUACACGCAACUCGAUGUGCCUGAUAGAGAGUGCCAGUUUUGCCUGACUUUGAAGUACAAUGAGGUUGGAGAAGUGUUGGUUCUGCUCCUCCACUAUUUAUCCAGGGCACGGCAUUCAGUUUGUCCGCAAUGAUGCGACGAUUUUCCGGUUUUGCCGAUCUAAAUGCCACAAAAACUUCAAGAUGAAGAGGAAUCCUCGCAAAGUAAAAUGGACAAAGGCAUACAGACGACUGCAUGGAAAGGAUAUGACGCAGGAUUCAACCUUUGAGUUUGAAAGGAAGCGGAACAGGCCAGAGAGAUAUGACCGGAAUCUUGCGGAGAACACAUUGAAGGCCAUAAAGAAGAUUGAUAAGAUCAGAGUAGACAGGGAAGCCAAACACCAUGCACUAAGGAUGAAAGGCAAGAGAGCCAAGGAGCAGAAGGAAGCCACGAAGGAACUGGAACAGAGCAUUCACAUGGUCAAAGCUCCUGCUGCUCUUCAAGAGGAACCUUCACUCACCCUUCCAAAGAUCAAAGUCCAGGUCUUGAAACCGCAAACAGAGAAUCAUCUCAUGGAGGAAUGAUGCUGAUAUUCACACAAAAAGAAGUAUGUUGUGAGCGAUCGCAACCCAGGAUUAUCUUAGAAAUAGUUCCGAGCUUGAAAUUUUCUGAAAGUUGGGUGGAAAACUGCCUGAUGUUCGUCAGCUGGUAGUUUCAUCCAAUAUAAGAACAUGUGGUGGGAAAGCAUUUCAUUUUUAUUUUUAUUUUAAAGAUCCUGAUGCUGUUGAUUUGUUGUGCCCGUUGAUAAUGGGGUUGGUAUUAUUUUGAGUUGGGUGUAUUUGGUUGCACCAAAUAUCAUGAAUCUGUUUUUAAUAUUUCAUGAUUAAUCAAUAAUAUGGUGCAAAAAAUCAUGAGAUUUAGUGA